AUGGACCCUCUCUCCGCCCUCCGCGACUUCACAAUCCGCGGCGAGCUCGACAAGAUCGUCCGCGUCAACGACGAGCUCCGCUUGGGCUCCGACUACUCCUUCCCUUGCUCCGCCGAGACCGCCUACCGCUCCAAGCAAGGCAACCUCUACACCCUCGAAACCCUCCUCCAUUACGUCAACAACCACCACCUUAAGCACACCGAGUACCUCAUCAACGCCCGCGCCCAGAUGAUCCCCUGCGUCACCUUCCCCGAUCGGAAACCCCUCCUCGAUUACCUCACCGGCAAGAUCUCCUCCUCCGACUCCAUCGAGUUCGUCCUCCCUCAAAACCCUAAAGUCCCCGAUUUGCCCCUCCACAACAACGACUUCCCCUUCUCCGAAAACGACGUCGCUCGCCACCACACGCCUGAUCAGAAUCACAACAACAUCAAUGGCUUCACCGUUUUGAAAGAGGUUGAGGCGCCGGUGGACUACAUGUCGUUGAUUUACGGCAGCGAGAGGCCGCUGAAGGACCGGGAGGAGCUGCUGGAGUGCAAAGGGAGGAACUUUUACGGCGUGCUGACGGCGGCGACGAAGAGAGAGGAGGAACGGCAGCGCAUUGAGUCGCAGCAGAGGAAGGAUGGGCUGGUGGCCAAGAGCAGGUUAAUGGGCUCCGACGACCGGGGAAUGGCGGGUUAUGGUGACGAAAUGGGCUAUGACCAGGCGCCGAAGCCGAAGAUGCAUCUGAAGGGUGGGAAGAUUGGGGAAGGCGUGCCUAUAAUUCUGGUGCCGAGUGCAUUCCAGACGCUGAUUACGAUUUACAAUGUGAAGGAGUUUCUGGAGGACGGGGUUUAUAUACCGACCGAUGUGAAGGUGAAGCAGAUGAAGGGGGCUAAGCCGGACUGUGUGACUGUGCAGAAGAAGUUCAGCAGGGAUAGGGAUAGAGUGGUGACGGCAUAUGAGGUUAGGGAUAAGCCGUCGGCGCUGAAGACUGAGGAUUGGGAUAGGGUGGUGGCGGUUUUCGUGUUGGGGAAGGAGUGGCAGUUUAAGGACUGGCCUUUUAAGGAUCAUGUGGAGAUUUUCAAUAAGAUUAUGGGAUUUUUCAUGCGGUUUGAAGAUGAUAGUGUUGAGUCUGCAAAGAUUGUGAAGCAGUGGAAUGUGAAGAUCAUCUCAAUUAGCAAGAAUAAGCGACACCAAGAUAGAGCUGCAGCACUGGAGGUGUGGGAUCGGCUAGAAGAGUUUGUGCGGUCACGCUCACAUUCCUGAUGUUUGGGUAAAGUUUCGAGGAGGAAGAUGUGUUCUGAUUUUGGUUGUGACCAUUUGGCCUUUUGUACUCGUGGGACUGGAAAUGUUUUUAUUAUUUAUUAGAUAUUGUAUCUUUGUAUCUUCCGGAGGAGUGAUAAAGUUAAAUGCGUGGUUGGAAGUUUCUUUACAUCUACCCGAAGUUUCAGCAAACCUUCAUCUUGAACCCAGGAGACAACUUCAUAUGGUUUACAUGGCUGCAAACCUUGAAAAAAGGUAUGCAGGGCCAAAUGAACUAACAUUGUUGUAUGGCAAAUGUGUUGUGUGCGACCGCAUGCUAUCUUGCAAACCCAGAAAUUGGAGACUGAAAAGACUUUGUAUCAUCAACUUAUACAUUAAGGUUGUAGAACCAUCAAUAAACAGCAUCGAGUUUUACAACACUAGCUUCUCUAAUUUCAUAUGGUUUACCUGUUUUCUCAUCCGCAGUUACUUUUUUUG